AUGACCUCCAGCAUCUCUGUGCGCACAUACUCAAGCCGCCAGCCUUCUUUCUCAAGCAGCUCUUUGCGAGAUGGAGUCAGUCGAAGUCGCUCUAGAGCACCGGUGUCUGUCACCUCAGUCAGCACACUUUCGCGUUCCAGAUCCAUGUCAGUGGGCAAUGGGCUCAACAUUCUGAGCAGCUUUUCUCUAAAUGGCACCAAUGACAAAGAGACAAUGCAGGGCCUUAAUGACCGACUGGCCACAUAUCUGAGUAAGGUGCGCUCGCUGGAGAAGUCCAACGCUGACAUGGAGCAGAAGAUCAAGCAGCUGAUGCUGGAGAGGACACCUAAAGGCCAUGACAUUGAGGGAAUGCUGGCUCAGGCUCGUGCUAUUGCACAGGAGGUAAGGAAAAAGACGCUGGAGAACGCUCGCAUUUUGCUUGAAAUUGACAAUGCCAAGCUGGCAGCAGAUGACUUCAGGAUUAAAUGGGAGGCCGAGGCAGCUCUUUGUCAGUCGGUAGAGAGGGACUGUGUUGCUCUGCGCAGGGCUAAACAAGAGCAUGAUCAGAUUAUUGCAACCCUCCGAGGAGACCUGGAGAGUCUGAAAGAAGAACUUUACUUCCUCAAGAAGAACUAUGAGGAGGACAUGAAAUCACUAAAGGCCCGACUGACCAAUGAGCAGGUCAAUGUAGAGGUGGAUGCUGCUAAGGGGCCAGACCUAGGAGUCAUCUUGGCUGAUCUGAGGUCUCAAUAUGAGGGAAUUGCCAGCAAGAACAAGGAGGAUGCUGAAAUGUGGUACCUGAAGAAGCUGGAGAUGCUGCAGUCAGAGGUAAAAGAGAGCAAUGAGGCUCUACGCAGUGCUCAGAGCGAGCUGAAUGAGAGACGUCGCUUCCUGCAGGGGCUCGAGGUGGAGCUGGACGGUCUGCGGAAGCAGGUUAGUGUUUUGGAUGGAAACCUUGCAGAGACAACUCAAAAAUACACAUACGAAAUGGAGCACUUGCAGGGUACACUGACACAGCUAGAGGACGAACUCUCGCAGCUACGUCUUGACAUGCAACGCAAUAAAACUGACUAUGAACAGCUACUACGAGUUAAGCAGAACCUGGAGAUGGAGAUAGCUACCUACAGGAAACUGCUGGAGGGGGAGGAGCUAAUAAAAGAAAUUCCAGCCCCAAAAAAAGAGCCUGAGGUAAGGAAACGAAAGAUCGUGAGGGUAGUCACCCAGACAAUGGUCAAUGGCAAAGUAGUUGAAGAAGUGGAGCAGAUAGAAGAUCAUUAA